AUGGUGCCAAAGUCGUCGCUUUCAAUCCUUGUAUUGGCUCUUGCAGUUGUGCAUGCUCAAGUGCCCUCAACUUAUCCACCACCCAAUGCUGUUCCUGAUACCAAGUCGCCCCAGGUCCAGGCAUGGCUCAAGGAAAUUGACCUUACAGGUGCACCCAACAUCCCUCUGCACAAAGGUAAUCCGCCUUCCUGUCCAAAUCCACCCAUUCCCGAUGAGUGUUACUGGACGUGUGAUGGGUGCUCUGCGGACGACAUCACUGCCUGCGCGGCUCCCAAUACGUGGGGCCUUACCUUUGAUGACGGCCCAUCCGUCGCCACUCCUUCUUUACUCGACUAUCUCAAGAAGGAGAAGUUGAGCGCGUCCUUUUUCGUAAUCGGUUCGAAUGUGAUUCAGUACCCCGACUUUGUCAAACGCGAGGUCGCCGAGGGUCAUCAUCUCGCCUCCCACACCUGGUCACACCAUGCCCUGACCACACUGACGAACGAGGAGAUCGUGGCCGAGAUGAGGUGGACGGAAAAGGCGGUUAUGGAUGCCACGGGUCUGAAGCUUAAGUACAUGCGACCGCCUUACGGUGAUAUCAACAACCGCGUUCGCUUUGUGCUCAAGAAGCUCGGCUACAUCCCUGUCGACUGGACCGGUGAUGAAUUCGAUACCAAUGACUGGAAGAUGCCCGAAAUAAGCCAGAGCCAAGUCAUCGCCACGUUCACAAAGUCCUUGGAUGCCUACGCGGCGAGCAACAGGUCCAAGGGAUUCUACUGCCUGGAACACGAUCUCACCGCAGACACGGUCGCUGUUGCCCAAAAACUGAUUCCGUUGGGUAGAGCACGCAACAUCAGCAUUGCCGCUGUUCCUGUCUGUGAGAGUGACGCUCAACCGUACCAGAACGGAUCCAAUGUGACAACCACAACCAUCUCGAGCACGCCUACAGCCACAACAACCGGUAGAGCAUCUACGACCACCACGACAGCGGCUGGAACAAAUACGCCCACACCAACAUCAAAGAAUUCGGCCUCAUGCCUUGUUGGUUAUAGUCUGGGGUCCAUGGCUUCAGCUCUGAUUCUGGGCGUACUCCUAGCUUAG